CGUGACGUCACACCGCUGGCCCCGCCCCCCGAGUCUCCUCAGCUCCUGGCUGACAUCUGAAUGAGAUUUCUUUGCAGCCACAGGCACCUGCUGUACGAAGCCCGGAGGACUGAUGUGACGUGACCGAGGACCACAGCCAUGGCCAGACGGAGUUCUCUCUUCAUUCGGGUGGUGGAAGGGAAGAACUUACCAGCCAAGGACAUAACAGGCAGCAGUGAUCCAUACUGCAUUGUGAAGAUUGAUGAUGAGACGAUUAUCAGGACAGCAACUGUUUGGAAAACCCUUUCACCAUUUUGGGGAGAAGAGUACAAGGUUCACCUACCACCUAAUUUCCAUUCAGUAUCCUUCUAUGUUAUGGAUGAGGAUGCAUUGAGCCGUGAUGAUGUCAUUGGGAAGGUCUGUUUAACCCGUAUUGUUCUGGCUGAAUAUCCCAAAGGAUUUAACGGGUGGUUGAAUUUAUCGGAAAUUGAUCCUGAUGAAGAAGUUCAAGGGGAAAUCCACCUAAAGAUUGAAAUAUUUGGCAGUGAUUUGUCAAGAAAACUGCGCUGUAUAGUUUGUGAGGCAAGAGAUUUAGCAAGAAAAGAUCGUAAUGGAGCUUCAGACCCCUUUGUCAGAGUACAAUACAAUGGCAAAAUACAAGAUAGCAUGGUUGUGAAGAAGUCUUGCUAUCCUAGAUGGAACGAAGUGUUUGAGUUUGAUUUAGAUGAAUCGUUUAAUGAAAAGUUAACAAUAGAGGUUUGGGACUGGGACCUUGUCAGUAAAAAUGAUUUUCUGGGAAAGGUGAUGAUCAACUUAAAUGGGCUUCAACAAGAUUUACAGGAGGAAGGAUGGUUCAGACUGAGUCCUGGGAAGUCCAAAGCUAAUGUGGAUGAGGGAAACCUUGGGUCUCUGCAGCUGCAAGUACGUCUCCGUGAUGAGACUGUUUUACCUUCAGAUUACUACAAGCCUCUGGUGCAGUUGUUGUGUCAGGAGGUUAAAGCAUCCCACAAGGAAAAAAGUGGGCAUUUAAUAACUCUGAUUGACGAGACCACAUCAGCUGAGUGUAGACAGGAAGUGGCAGCCAACCUUGUAAAAAUCUUUUUCGGACAAGGGCUAGCAAAGGAAUUCUUGGAUCUGCUCUUCAGACUAGAACUUGAUAAAACAAAUGAACCAAACACUUUAUUCAGAAGCAACUCUUUAGCUUCUAAGUCAAUGGAAUCAUUUCUUAAGGUGGCAGGAACACAGUAUUUACAUAGUGUUGUUGGUCCGACAAUAAAUCGUAUCUUUGAAGAGAAAAAAUAUAUUGAACUUGACCCCAGUAAAGUAGAAAUAAAAGAAGCAGGGUGCACAGGUUUACAUCGGAUCCAGACUGAAAGUGAAAUAAUCCUUCAGAGUGCCCAGCAUCUCCAGUCUUAUCUUACUGAACUCCUAAUAGCAAUAGCUAAGUCAGUGAAGAUCUGUCCUGUUACCAUACGGGCCACUUUCCGGCAACUGUACAGGAGGGUAGAAGAGCGAUUUCCGGAAAAUAAACACAUGAAUGUAAAGUUCAUUGCAGUGACAAGUUUCUUGUGUCUUCGGUUUUUCUCUCCUGCAAUAAUGUCACCUAAGCUCUUCCAUCUCAGAGAAAAGCAUGCUGAUGCUCGCACAAGCCGGACACUGCUUCUCUUAGCUAAGGCUAUACAAAAUGUUGGUAAUAUGGAUGCUCCAGCAAGCAGAGCCAAAGAGUCCUGGAUGGCGCCACUGCAGCCAACCAUCCAACAAGGAGUUUCUCAGCUAAAGGAAUUUAUCAUAAAACUUAUAGACAUUGAGGAAAAAGAAGAGCUGGAUCUGCAGAAGGCACUGAACCUUCAGCAUCUAACAGUCAAAGAAGGUCAACUUAUGGUCUAUAAAACUAAAUGUAAAGGGUACCUGCUGACAUCAUCGUUCAAAAAGCUCUUCCUCUCAUUAACUGUCGAUGCAUUAAGUUUUGCAAAGACUCAAUUUUCCAAGAAAAGUUCAUUUAUACUUUUAUCAAGAAUUCGAGCCCUGGAGAAAGUGGAAGAGAAAAGCUUUGGAAACUCAAAUGUAAUGCAAAUAAUUUACACAGAUGAGAGCGGCAGCCAGGAGGCAUUAUAUUUGCAGUGUAAGUGUGUAAAUGAACUGAACCAGUGGCUCUCAGCUUUGAGAAAAGUCUGCGUGAACAACAGUGAUAUGCUUGGUUCCUAUCAUCCUGGUGUCUACAAGGGAGAGAAGUGGAGUUGCUGCCACCAAAAGGACAAAGGAGUUGCUGGCUGUGACAAAACCCGGCAUGAAGUGACUUUACAAGAAUGGAAUGAUCUCUUGAACCCUGACCUGGAGGCGCAGCUCAUCUUCAGACAUUUGGUUGGAGUGAGAGAGUUAAUGCGGGAGAAGUACCUGGAACUAACACAAGAUGAUAGCAGCAGCAAAUCUCACCUACCCAUAGAACAUGCAAGAAAAGACAGCACCACACAGCUUUUCCAGAUACUCAAAGACCUUGAAGCUGCGCAUGAUUCUUUUCUGGCUGACUCGCCAAAUUUUGCUGAUCAGGAAAAAAAGUACCUUCUGGAAAUGUAAAUCUAAUCCCUGUAAAUAUAGUAGGACUGUACCUAAAAUGCUGAAUGUAUCUAUAACACUAAAAUUAGCUUAUUAUGUCAGAGCAGGUAAUGCUGCCAAAACAUUCUUAACUUUCUAGUCAUAAAACAUUUAACCAAAAAUCUAGUUAAGCAGGAAGUCCAGUCCGCCAUAAUUUAUUCAGCAGAGAAUAUCACGUGAUAUGGAGCUAUAUCCUUCAUAGCCUUUUUUUCUAGGUGUGUAAACCUUUACUGUUGCGACAGCCAGGAUUCUACAUAUCACAUUAAGAAUAAUAGCAAGCUGUAUGCUACACUACCACAGGUCUUUUUUUUAAUUAAAAAUAACUGUCAGACAUUAUGUCUCACGUGUUUUUU